GUCCCCGAGAUGAAGGGGACCUGGGGUGGAGGAGGCUAGAGCCGAGACUGGAGAAUCGAUUGGUGCCUCCAUCCCUCUUCCUCUAUCGCCUUCCUCGAAGGAUUGGUUGAAACGUCUCCUGUAUCCAAACUCGUUGAGGGCCAGGAGACAAAAUGUCAUCACAUUUUUUGCCCAAAACACUGACUUCUAGAGAUAAAAUAAAGGAUGAGUCAAUCAAAAAGGAGGGGCCAUAUAAGAUCUUUUUCAAAGAUCUCUUUCUUUUCAAAGAAAGUGAAAUGGCAGAAAGGAAAAAGGAAAAAUUCUUGAAGCGCAGCAUGAAAGUCCACCAAAAGUCUACUUUUUCAUCGCGGAUGAAGAGUCGUUCACACCUGAGCCAGAUAGUAUUCCAUACUGACACGGCUCUUAACUCAUUUGAAAAGUUUAUGCUAGAUCCUGCUCUCAUUCUCAGAUUAACAGAAGGUGCAGAUGCAAAAAGAACUGUCCAUGAAUUUAUUAGUGACCAGAGAGACAGGUUCCGGCUCGAGUAUGCUCUGUCAACCAAAAGGAAUACAAUCACAAAGUUUGAUAAACACAUGGAGACAGAGGAACAGCAGGUCCUAAAAGCAGAAACAAAGCUCCAGGAAGAUGCGGUGGCCUUCGAAGAGUUCCUGCGAGAAAAUGACCAGCGAUCUGUAGAUGCCCUUAAAAUUGCAGCACAAGAGACUAUAAACAAGCUCCAAAUGACGGCUGAGCUGAAGAAAGCGAGUAUGGAGGUGCAGGCAGUGAAAAGUGAAAUAUCAAAAACAGAAUUCCUCCUUAGAGAGUACAGGAAAUAUGGACUUUUUCUGCUGAAAUUGUCUCCAAAACAUUGGCAAGUCCAGCAAGCACUGAAAAGGGUGCAGGUGUCAAAGAGUAAAGAAAAUAUGGAUGGCACUCUUCCAAAAAUAUUAACAAAAUUAAAUGCAAGGAAAGAAGAAACCAGUACUGAGGACCUCAGGAAGCUGUCAUUUUCAGAUGACUAUUCUGUGGCCACAAGUAACCAAGGUAGCACAAGAGAUUUCCGAUCGGAAAGUUUAAGUUCACAAGACAGUUUAGAUGAUGAAAUGGGCUAUGAUCUGGAGCCAGAGCUUUAUUUCAAAGAACCAGAAGAGUUGCUUCAAGUCCUCACAGAGCUGGAAGAGCAGAAUCUUACUUUGGUACAAUAUUCUCAAGAUGUAGAUGAAAAUCUUGAAGAUGUGAAUAAAAGAGAAAAACUUAUACAGGAUAAAAUAAACAGCAACAUAGAGUUUCUUUUAGAGCACAAGGAAAUGCUUAAGGCUAACUGUGUAAGAGAAGAGGAAAAAGCAGCAGAACUGGAAUUGAGGUCCAGGCUAUUUAGUUUUGGAGAAUUUAAUUCAGAUGCCCAGGAAAAACUGAUAGAUUCUCUUAGUAAAAAAAUUAAUCAAGUAUACAAAGUCUGCAUCGGAGAUGGUGAGGUUGGCAGCCUCAACCCAGUCCAAAAGCUGGUAAAAAUAGAGUCGCGCCUGGUAGAACUGAGCGAUCUCAUUGAAACCAUUCCCAAAGAAAAUGUGGAGGCAAUUGAGAGGAUAAAACAGAAAGAACGACGACAAAAGUUACGUGAAGAGAAAAUGAAAGAAAAACAAAGACACCAAGAAGAAAGGCUAAAAGCUGCUCUGGAAAGAGCAGUAGCACAACCAAAGAAAAAGCUGGGAAGACGACUUGUCUAUCGCUCAAAACCUCCAUCUGGUAACAAACAUGAACUGCUUUUAGUCAAGGCUACAAGAACAAAAUCAAUAGAGGAUGAGUAUUUUUUCACUUGA